AUGGCCGCCAAAUCGGGUAUUUUGAAUGAAUUAUUUACUAAUGUUUUACGCGUGAGUUUUACCGUCACAUUAAUAAAAUGUUAUCUUAUAGUUAGUAGUCGUAACUACAAUCGUAAUGUCCGUCACGUAGCCGCUUCUCUCAAAAAACGAAAAGAUUUAUAUUUGAGGCAAUUGACGGUACAAGAAAAAAAUGAAUUAAAUAGAAGAUCUAAUUAUUUGGAAUGGAACUACAGUGCAGAGGUAUUUGCUUUUGGAAAACGAUUGAAAGAAAAUUUUACACCGGAACUUUUAGUUCGAGCAUUUACACACAGGUCUUAUGUGAGUGAACAAGAAACAAAAUUACAAGAAGUUGGAGUUAGUAAUGUAGAUAUUUCGAUGAAAUCAAAUGAAGAACUUGUUUCAAAGGGGGAAAAAAUAAUAUCUGACUUUGUUCCCAAAUUUGUAUCAUAUUUUUAUCCCAGAUUUCCAAUGGAGGGAAUUCAAAGCAUACAUGAUUACUUGUUGAGUAAUGACGUUUUAGGACAUGUUUCAAAAAAUCUCGGUACAACAGAUUUAAUAUUAUCUGCUGAAUAUCCUGUCGAAACGGAAACUUAUUCUACGACUCUUAAAGCCAUAAUUGGAGCAUUGUAUGAGUGUUCAGGUUUAAAUAGAGCAAAUUUAUUUGUUAGAGAUUUUAUAAUUACACAACUUGAAGGAAAAGAUAUUCAUGAAUUUUUACAAAUAAAAGAUCCAUUAAAAAUUGUUAAUGAAAUAUUAAACAGAGACAAUAGAGAACCCUGCGAACCUAGAAUUAUAUGUAAGUCAGGUGUCAACACAAUAUUGGCUAAUUAUCAUGUUGGAUUAUAUUCAAACAAAGAACUAGUCGGUCAUUGUUCUGGUGAAACAAUUGACACAGCCAUUGAAAUGGCUGCAUCAGAUGCACUAAGAAGAUUUUUCCAUACGACACUAUCACAAACUCCGAUUUCGUACAAAUUAGACAAAGUUCCAGAAACUGUCAAUAAUUUAAGUCUUGAUGAAUGGCAUUUGGGAGCUUUUGAAAAUUCACAAACAAUAAAUAAUAUAUCAAAAGUUUCAGAAAUUAAUUAA